AUGGAAUUAGAUAACCUAGUGAAACAACUAAGUACAUCUAGACCAAAAGACCAAAACUGUGUUUUUAAGGAUGGUGUUUCUGUUGGUCAAAACUUAUCAAAAAAUAACAAAGUUGUUGUUGAUGCUCAUAAGACACAACCUCAACAACAUAAGAAACAAGUUAGAAGGAGACUUCACACUACUAAGCCUUAUCAAGAGAGGCUUAUGAAUAUGGCAGAAGCUAGGAGAGAGAUUGUCACCGCCUUAAAAUUUCACAGGGCAUCCAUGAAAGAAGCAAGUGAACAACAGAAGAAGAAGCAACAACAAGAUGAUGCUCAAGAACAGUUGCAGAAGGAAUCACUAUCGCAUCAAUCUUCACAGCAGCAGAGUUUUGAGCAAGAUGGAAGAUAUAAUAAGUUUAGGAGAAACCACAGAAUUUAUCCUUCAUGCAGAACCAAUUCUUCAACUUAUUUCAAUGAUUCUUCCUAUGUUUCAGUUCCAAAUUCUUACACUUGGCCUGCUACUUCGGAAAUUCUUCCACCACCGACCCUUUUGCCUGAAAAUCCCAAUUUUAUUCUUCCAAAUCAAACUUUGGGACUGAAUCUCAAUUUUCAUGAUUUCAAUAACUUGGAUAUUACUGUUCAUCUUAAUAGCAACUCAUCAUCGUCAUCAUCCUCUUACUCACCUGGAACCUCAUCUUCUUCUGCUUCACAGGAUAUUCCUUCUGUUGAAACAUCACAGGUUGAUUCACACGCCUUAACUCAUUCUACUGGAGGCUUACACACAGCUAUGAAUGAUGAGGCUAUAGCUGAGAUCAGAUCAAUAGGAGAUCAACAUCAAAUGGAAUGGAAUGAUACUAUGAGUUUGGUGCAAUCAGCUUGUUGGUUCAAGUACUUAAAACACAUGGAACAUGGUGCACCUGAAACCAAGGUUGAAAAUGAUGAUUUUGAGCAGCCUCUGGAGUUUCCAGCUUGGUUGAAUGCAAAUGAAAGCUGCCUAGAAUUGUGUUCAGAAAAUAGUUUCCAAGAUUAUACUUUACCUUGCAUGGACAUCGGAGAAAUUGACUGUAUGGAUGAUGAUUGGUUAGCUGGUUAG